AGAAGUCUCUGUGUUCCAGAGGCAGUACUUGUAGUUGAGGACAUGGAGACAACACUAGAUGGGAAGGACAAGACCACCAUUUUCAGUAAAGAAAACCCCCUCUAUGACCUCGACAUGCCAUUUACCAGCACAGGUCGCUAUGAGUUCCAGUCCAGUGAUUUGCAGCCUAAAAAGUCAUCAGGAAAAUCAUUCUGUUUCCCAGUGAUUUGGAUAUUCCUGCUUCUGCUCAUAGGAAUGAACGGCUAUCUGGCCUAUAAAGUCUUCAAUUUGGAAGCCUUGGUUAACAGUCAUCACAGAGACAGUCCCCAUGCAGAGAUGCUCAAAUCUUUUUUGGAUGGCACUUCUCAGGCGUGUGUAUCCAGCUUGUGUGGAGAAGAAAAGGCUUUGGAGUCACUGAUGACACAACUACACCUGCUCAAUUCCAGUUCAAAUGACCUACAGAACCAGGUGAACACCAUCGAACUUAAAAGAGGUCCUCCAGGACUGCCUGGGCCAACAGGACCUCCUGGCAUAUCAGGACCUCCAGGGACGCUUGGGCCAAUGGGGCCUCCUGGUGCCAAAGGUUCAGAUGGACAACCAGGAGCACCUGGAGCUAAAGGAGACACAGGAGUUGCAGGUGUUCCUGGAUCAGAAGGUGCCAAGGGGGAGAAAGGGGAUGCCGGUGUUGCAGGACCAGAAGGAGCUGCUGGAAAAAUAGGCCUGCCUGGUAAUCCUGGUCUCAAAGGUGAACCAGGUCAAACAGGAGCACCAGGUUUUCCUGGCCAGAAAGGUGACAAAGGCAUACCUGGAUUACCUGGUGUUCCUGGGCCACCAGGACGUACUGGACCUCCAGGAAGUUUAGGAUUAAAGGGGAGCACUGGUGUAAAAGGGUCAACUGGGCAGCCAGGCCCUGCAGGGCCUCCUGGGGCAAGGGGCCCAGAUGGGCUACAAGGUCCAGCUGGACCGAAAGGAUCAUCUGGGGAAAAGGGGCAAAGUGGUGAUAAUAAUUCAGGCCCCCCAGGUCCUCCCGGGCUGAAAGGAGACAAAGGAGUACCAGGUUUUCCUGGUGUUCCGGGAUUAAAGGGGCAGCAAGGAAGCAAAGGAGACACUGGAUCCAGUGGUUUGGCAGGACUAAAGGGUGACAUGGGUCCGAGGGGUGAACAGGGGGCAAAGGGAGACCAGGGACUUCCAGGUCCUAAAGGAGAUAAGGGCGAUCAAGGAAGUACACCCAAAGUGAUUCGCUUGGUGGGCAGUUCGAAUAGGGGCAGAGUGGAGGUACUGUAUAAUGGGCAGUGGGGGACGGUGUGUGAUGACAACUUUGACACUCUGGACGGCACAGUGGUGUGUAAGAUGCUGGGCUUCGAAAGAGCCUUAAGUGUCUUCAAGGCAUCACCAGGAACGGGUCGUGUCUUGCUGGAUGAGUUAAGGUGCACAGGGAGAGAGAGCAGCCUUUUUGACUGUCCACACAAUGGCAUAGGAGUAAACGACUGCACACACAGUGAAGACGCUGGAGUGAGCUGUGCAUGAGACAACAAACACCUCUCGCACAAACACAUGCACACACACCACAGACUCAAUAUCUUCAAAAAAUAUUUUGCAGACUGUUGGCAUGGCUUUGCUCAAGGCUUCAUAACUCAGCAAUGAACUCAGUUCAACUUCUAUAUAAAAAUAGCAUCAAAUGACACUGACAGUGUGAGCAAUCCAGUUCAAGAAAGCAUCCAAAAUCCAGACUUUGCUCCAAGAUAACCCCAAGGUACCCCAAGCAGGUAAUCAAGUGUUUGCAUGAAGAGAAAGAAGGGAAUCAUGAAUUAUUUCUCAGCAAUAAGCCAGAAUAUGAACCACUAUUAAAACUCCAGAAAAUCAGCAGGCAUGUAAAUACUUGGUAAUUAUAAUUGCAUUGGAUGUAUAUCAAUUGCAUAAAUGUGUUAAUUUUAAGAAAAUAAAUGAAUGUUUUAUUAUGA